AUGACAGCAGGACUUGCUGCUGACUUUGCCACAGUACUCAAAGACAAAGACCGAUUCAUCUUCGCUUUUGUAAUGUCCGUUGUUUUAGCUUUAGCAACGGUCCCAACCGAAUUCGAUUUUCCAAAGCUGAUACGUGGGAUCCUCUCAACGGUCAGUUCUAYAUAUGAUCCACUGGGGUUCAUAGCACCUGUUAUUCUCACUGGAAAACAAAUUCUACAAGAACUUACGAGAGACAACGUCGACUGGGAUGAACCUGUUCCUGAGUCCCUCAAAACACGAUGGGAAAGAUGGAUUAGCACUCUUCCAUYCUUAGMGAAUCUUCACAUCGAUAGAUGUUACAAGCCUCAAGACUUUGGCGAGCCUAGUACAGUUGAGUUACAUCAUUUUUCUGAUGCUAGCAKUCAAGGCUAUGGUCAAUGCUCGUACUUAAGACUGAUCAAUGAACGUCAUGAAGUACACUGCUCAUUUGUUWUGGGUAAGGCACGCGUGSUUCCAUUAAAGCCUAYUACUAUUCCUCGCCUGGAACUUACAGCAGCAUUGUUAUCAGUCAAGAUCAGUUCUACACUGAAAGACGAACUUGAAUUCACACACAUGCAGGAAACUUUCUGGWCAGACAGUCAAGUAGCCUUGG